AUGGAAUGCCCGUCGAUUUCAAUCCCGGCUUUGCGCCACGACAUCGAACGGCUUUUUGGAGUAUUGGCGUUGCGUCAUCAGUCGUGCAAAGCAGUGUGGGAGCCAGACUGCAAAGCAGUGUGGGAGCCAGACUGCAAAGCAGUGUGGUUUCACAACAGUGUUCUUUUUUCAAUCGAAGUCACCACAACGUACUUCUCGGUGCGCAACUAUUGGCGCGGUUUUUUUGGCGCCUGUUGUGGAGCGAUUACUUUUCGUUUGCUUAAUGGGAUUUUUGCCGAAACAACAGGAUCAGCUGCUUUUUGUGGUGCCGUCACUCAUUCAUUAUCCGUUUCGGUUGUCGUAUUUGAGGCCACUGGUCAAUUGCAUUGUUUACUGCCAUCAUUGGUGAUAAGUCCUCGUGGAAAAAGUAAAGCCGUUUUUUCGGAUGGUGAAACGGCUGGCUCAAAAAGACGUUCGACAAGACGUCGAAUGAGAACCGGAUCGGUAACGGGAAUUGAUGAGCACCUCAAAGCAAUCCCGGAAACUAGACGGCACACUCUAGCCGAAAAUCAAUCCGACCAUUUCGUCACUGGAAUCAAAAUUUUUCGUAAAAAUCUCCACAGAAAA